CAUUUUUUUUUUAAAAAUGGCCGAGGAGUUCCGAAUGCAUUUACGAACACUAACAGACGGCAGGGGACACGUAGAGAAGAGAAAUAUUGUCGCUUGAAAAUCAGGAAGGAAAUUUACUUGUAUAAUGACAUCUAAAACAGGUGUGUCUCAAGAGCUGUUGGACAGAUUCCAGUCCCAGUUUGAGAAAAGCGAGAAGAACAUAUUGGCCCAAAAUGUUUGCACAGCCCUUCCCCUGUGGGACGUACUGGCCUCCCGCGCCUGCAAGCAAGCGACACAGCACUGUUUCAACCACAAGGUUGAGAAGGAGGGUACACCAAUGACCGACCAGCAACAUUCAGGUCGGUGCUGGAUAUUUGCCUGUCUUAACAUUAUGCGUAUUCCAUUCAUGAAGAAAUACAAACUAGACAGUUUUGAGUUCAGCCAGACCUACGUUUACUUCUGGGAUAAGGUUGAGAGGGCCCACUACCUUCUGAAUGUGUUUGUGACGUGUGCGAGGAAAGGUGAGGCAUAUGAUGGGAGACUGGUUACCCAUCUCCUCAAAAACCCGUCAGAGGAUGGGGGGCAGUGGGACAUGCUCACCGGUUUAAUUGAGAAGUACGGGAUCGUCCCAAAAGUUUGCUUCCCUGAGGCAUGGAGUGCAGAAAAUAGUAACCGUAUUUGCAGGGUGCUCAAUAACAGGUUGCGUGAGGGGUGUUGGGUGCUGCACAAGAUGGUGGCUGACAGUAAAUCACAGGCAGACAUCGACGCAGAAAUCACAAAGAGAAUGGAAGAGAUAUACCGGAUCAUGUGUAUAGUGUUGGGCACGCCUCCUAGGGAGAUAACAUUCCAAUACUCUCCACGUAAGGAAAAGGAGGAGGAGGGGAAUGAGGCUGGGAAAUCCUCUUGCAGUGAAAUUGGCCCUAUCUCUCCAAGGGAUUUCUACCACAAACUCAUCAAACCCGACUGCUUCAAUCUCGAGGAUAUGGUGUGUUUGGUGAAUGACCCACGUCCCAGUAGCCCUUACAACCGCCUGUAUACAGUGGAGUACCUAGGUAACAUGACUGGAGGCCCGCGUGUUCUCUAUAUCAACCAGCCGGUAGAUGUCCUCAAGAAACUCACCAUCAAAUCUAUCGUGGAUUGCAAUGAGGCUGUAUGGUUUGGAACUGAUGUAGGCAAGUUCUUCAGAUCCAAGGAAGGCUGUCUGGACUUGAACUCGCUUGACUUCAAGCUGACGUUGGGAGUGGACACUCUCCAGUUGAACAAGGCUGACCGCCUCAUGUAUGGCGAGUCCCUCAUGACCCAUGCCAUGGUCUUCACUGGUGUUAAUACUAAGGCUAACGGUUGUGCAGAUAAAUGGCGGGUGGAGAACUCCUGGGGAGACAAGAAUGGAGAAAAAGGUUACCUGAUGAUGACAGACGACUGGUUCACAGAGUUUGUGUAUGAGGUGGUGGUGAACAAGAAGUUGAUAGAGGACCAGUCAAUACUGGACGUUCUAAACCAGGAGCCAACCGUCCUGCCGGCCUGGGACCCCAUGGGUGCUCUCGCACAUUGACCUUCAUCUUAAUUUAAAUAAUAUGGAAUGCUAGCAAUAUUUAGUAGAAAUCCAACCUGCAUCUUCAUAUUUUUUCUGUAUACAUGUAGCUCUUGUUGUUCUGUAGAAAUCUACUUGUAGUGUAGAUUGUGAAGACUUGUGAAUGAAUUGUGAUAAAUAUUAAUCAGAAGAGUACAAUAAUAGGAACUCUAAUUGUGUUUAUUUAAAAUUAGAUAUUUAAUUCUGUGGAAAUGAAAAUUACUAAGAUGUUUUGGUGUCUAUUGAGAGGGGUAGUUAUACAGGUUUUGCCUCAAUCAUAAAGCAUGAUGGCAGCACAUAUCAUUUCUGACUACAGGUUAUUUAUUUCUCAGUAUAUCAUUUCUGACUACAGGUUAUUUAUUUUUAAGUGUUAGAAUACAUGUACUGUAUGUAUUUUGUCAAGUGUUUUGAUAUUCAUCUUAACAUUCCAUUGGAACUUAUUAACUGUGUGGCUAUAAUCUAUCAGUGCUUGUAAUAAAGUAAUAUCUUGUCAGAUAUUUCAUGGUCAGUGACUGACCAGUCUGUACUUAAGUAAAGUAAUAUCCUGCCAGAUAUUUCAUGGUCAGUGACUGACCAGUCUAUACUUAAGUAAAGUAAUAUCCUGUCAGAUAUUUCAUGGUCAGUGACUGACCAGUCUGUACUUAAGUAAAGUAACAACUUGUCAGAGAUUUCAUGGUCAGUAACUGACUGGUCUGUACUUGUAGUAAAGUAAUAUCUUGUCAGAGAUUUCAUGGUCAGUGACUGAUCAGUCAGUCUAUAUUUAAGUAAAGUAACAUCUUGUCAGAGAUUUCAAUGUCAGUGACUGACCAGCCUGUACUUAAGAAAAGUAACAUCUUGUUAGAGAUUUCAUGGUCAGUGACUGACCAGUCCAUACUUAAGUAAAGUAACAUGUCAGAGAUUUCUAUGUUUUUAUUGUCUAUACUUUACAAUGAUUUCACCAUACUGUUGUUCAUACAA